AUGGACGAGGGUCCUGAUUCGAAAGCCCCUCGGCGCAAGAGGGUCUCGCGAGCAUGCGAUAGGUGCCGAAGUAAAAAGGACAAAUGCGACGGCCUUCGUCCCUCUUGCUCGGCCUGUCUGGCUUCCGGUCAAACUUGUUCAUAUGAUCCGCAUGCGAAGAAACGCGGUUUGCCAGAGGGUUAUGUACGCGGUCUGGAGAAGCUCUGGGCGCUUGCCAUCUGCAACAUUGAUGGCUUCGAAGAUACCAUGCUCUCUCUUCUUGGUACGACAGCCGAUUCCGUCGGCCGGAGGAACAAGCUGAUCUCCCUCUGGGUGGAUGAGGCCGCCUCGGAAACAUUACACGAGUCCUGGAAAACAUGCCGACUUUAUAACGCUCUAGAAAAGAUGCUGUCGUCUAGCUCUGGUCCGUCAAGUCCUCGCAAUGCGGGGAAGCGCCCCCGGGAAGAACAUGGGUCUCUGCUGAACGAGACUGGGAGCGAAUGGGGUUUCCGAAUUGACCGCAGCUCCACGCCUCUCUCGCAAGACGCUCCUCGUGUCGUAGAGCCUGGCGCCUCGCCUCCCGUCAAACGAGCUCGGUUGUCUUUGUUAGGGGAUAGCCGGCUAUCCUCUGCAACGAACGGUUUACACGCCCUUCAACUACCACCUAACACCUCCCAGUUGUUGGACACGUACUUCGCCGCCACCCACUCUUGGUUUCCUAUCGUUGCCAAACACAACAUCCUCCGAGCCUCCUAUCUCUACGCAAAUGCGCCCUCAAUAUCUGUUGCCAGGCUUUCUCCAGGAUCCGGCGACCACGCCGCGUUGUGGGCGCUCCUCAGCUAUACAGUAUUUCUAUCCCGGUCAAGUCCAGAGAGCGGCUCGUUCGGAGUUCUGUCAAAAGCGAAAGAGCACUACGCGGUAGCCCGGAGCUUGAUCCCAUCCGAAACAGAGCACUACGAACUUGGACAUGUGCAGGCCCUGCUGCUUCUGACUCUAGUUAACAUUGGCCUCGAGGACUGGACUGCAGCUUGGAUGCUGAGUGGCCAAGCGGUCCGUAUGGUUGUUCCCAUGGACGUAGCUGCCUUCUCCGACGCUCGCCGGCCCGAAGAAUCAAGGCAAGGAAAAGCCGUGUUCUUGGGAUGUUUCGUUAUUGACUCCCUUUUGUCAUUCCGGUUGUCCCGGAGACCCAGUAUGCACUCGCGCGACCUGGUUGCAGUUGGCUUGUUAGAAGAAGAUGGCCUGGAAGAGUGGAAUUCCUGGGCUGAUGUCUUACUCCUCUCGGGUAACUCCCAAGGAAAGAAUCCGCCUCGUCGAGGUCCUUUACAGUCUCUGAGCUGCUUCAAUCGGCUUGUCGAAUUGGCCAGCGUUUUGAACAAAAUCGCUCGAGACUCUAUAACGGGACCUAGCGCACAUAUAUUUGCGCAGCAACUAGUCUCAGAGCUCAAACAAUGGGAUGACCGUCUGCCGCUUGGAUGUCGACUUAUCGGGCCUGAGAGUAUCUAUCCUGAACGGCACUCCGCAUUACUGCCGCAUCAGACCUACCUGGGGUUAACAUAUAUUGCCACACUUCUGUUGCUCUACCUUCGGAUUGCCCCCCAUGAAUUAGGCAUGCACCGUUCUCAAAGACCAGCUACAGAAGGUGCUAAGAAACUCCUCUACCGUGCCCUCCCAAUGCUCGCUCAACAUCUGGACAAUUUCAGUGUCUGUAGCUUGCCGCCAGUCUUCGAAUUAUCCCUACGCACCAUCGCUGAGCAGGCAUUCGCCCUUCGCAACAAAAUCGAGAGCGACUUAUUUCCUUACGGUCGAUGGACUGAAGCGCUCGUGCAGCGAACAUCCGAGCUCAGUACGACUUGGCCGGUCUAUCGUACCCUGACGACCAAUAUCGAACGCUGGUGUCGCUCCAAGAACGCGGUCGCCAAUUCUCCAUCACAACCAUUCGCUCACGACUCGAACAACAAUCCUGCAAGAGGGAUGAACAGGCCCUCGAAUUACAGCCCUUCCCAAAAUUCGCUAUCUAUGCCCUCAACUGAGAAUAGAGGUUUUGAACGCGACUCUCAGUUACCACCAUUUGCCAGACGAAAUACCAUCGACGUCGUGGAGCCUAAUUACAGUUCCUCUAUCAUGGGAAUUGCCAUUCCCGUUGAUGGACAAUAUAUGACUCCCAAAGACACAACUAUGGAAAGCUCCGAUGCACCUUUUCCACCUCAGUCCAUCAAUAACUCGCAAUCACAUAAUCCUAAAAUGUCGUCCUCUGCAAUGGACAUCUUAGACCCAGCGAACGAGCUAGACGCAAUGCUCGAUGGCCCCUCUCAUCCACACCCUCCAACACCAGACUCAUCGAUGUCCAACCCGCCAGUUUCGGGAACUUCCACCACAAACGCAGCCGCACCUGCAAACGAGCAAACCACAGCAUUAGCAGAUAAAAGCAACUCUGCAUCUACAUCCGAUAAUCAAAUACAAGGUGAUACCAGCGCGGCCAGUCUUGACGCUAUCUUCAAAGACCUUGCUUACCUCGACACAACCGAGUGGGCUACCAGCCGUGAAGCAGGACUGAAGGAUUUCGGCUUCAUGGAUGAUACCACGUUCCAAGAGUUCUGCCAUGACCCAGACCGUCUCGCGGGGUCGCAGCCGUUACUUUGUCUUUGUGAUACCCACACGUGUGAGAACAAGGUGUUUCUGGCCAGUAUUCGCAUUGGACCUUCGGCAGCCUCAAACGGAUUCAGGGAUAUGAUUUUCAUGGAUAUCGUUCUCGAACAAGCGAUGCUAUGA